AUGGAAGAUUUUACAGCUACAGGAAGUGUUCCUUUGAACCGCAGAACUUCGAGGAAAGGUGAAAUGGAAGACACUGUCAAGGAGGAACUUCCUGUAAUCACCAAGGUCAGCUUGAUAAAGGCUCCUGAGGAUUUCAAAAGAAACAGCAGUCCUUCCAACACUUCGCACACUAUAAUUGAACCAACAAAAGAAGAGCCUGAAGACCUUAAUUCUCUGCGGCACAACUCCCAGCCAAUAGACAGGCCACAUGUGCUUCUCUUGCUGCUUCAUCAGAAGGAUUUGGAAAUCAAAGGUCUGAAAAAUGCUGCCCGGGGGCAUCCACCUGACCGGCUUGCCUGCAUUUUGCAAGAGCUUGUGAGAACACGACAAAAAGGACCAUUGAAGAAAAGCCAAACUGAAGAUAUUCUUCAGAAAGAAAUAGAGAAACUGAACUCUGAGCUGAAAGCUGCCCAAGAGAACCACAUGAAGGAGAUGCAAAUGAUGCAAGAGAAGCUCAUGAGAUCACAAUUAUGUGUCCUGCAUCUGCAGGAUGAAAUGAAAGACAUAUCACCAAAAUCAGAGAAUGAAAGCGACAAUGAGUCCAGCAUGUCACUGGAUGAAGGAGCACGAUUAGCAUGUGAGAGCUUUGAGCUCUGGUCAGAGUCAGGAAACAGAUUGUUGGCAGGCAAGAGUGAUCUGAGGCUUCGAAGAAUCCCCAAGCACACCAGCUUUGUGGAUACUUUUCAUAAGUUUGGCAGUAGCCUAUUUUCUGAUGAUGAUAAAUAUGAGAAAGUAAUCAGUAGUACAGACUCAGGUGAAAUACAUGGACCUAGGCAUAGCAUCGCAACGCAGAGUUCACAGGAAAGCUCAAAAACAAAGGAGAGUCAAUCUGAUCCAACUUUAUGGGCUGCUCCCACCUCUCAGAAAUCAGAUUUCGUUUCAGCUGUGAAUGCCACCAGAACAUCAGAAUCUUCUUCCAGUCUGUUGUCAUUAAUGGGGAAACUCCAACAUGGGAGCUCAAUUGACAAAAGUCAUUGUGUGGAGUACUGGAGAACUGCUCAGUCUAAUUUUAGUCUUGGACAGCCCUCAGCUGGGAAAGCACCAUGGAUGCCAGUUUCUUUCACAAAAGAAUGCAAAAGGGAUUCUACCAUCACAAGCUCUCUAAAGAUCGUCAGUGUACAUCAUCAAGGCAAAUUUAUCCGAAUCCUCAACAAUUUGUUGAACAAGGAGAUAGACCUCAGUGGCUACAUCAUCCAGCAAUGGGUUGAAGGGUACCCAGUGUCUAUCUACCGCUUCCCAAAUGGCACUAUUCUGCCUGCACAGCACCAUAUCACCGUCUGGGCUGCAGGGGCCAACCUCGCUCAAAAGCAACCUUCAGACACAUUCUUAGACUCACAGUGGUUUUUCAGAGCAGGCCCAGAAUGUACUACCAUCCUCUGCAAUUGCAGUGGCCAGACAGUGUCACAAUACACAGCACCUCACAGAUUCACAGCAGCUGCAGAGGCCUACAGUGAUAAUGUGGACCUUUCUGUGGACAAGUUUCCACUUACAGAUGACAAGGAGGAAACUCUUGAAGCAUCCUGGCCGUCAAAGGAAGAAGUAGCUUUGCCUGCAAAGACUCUCCAGAAAGAGAUGAUUGAUAAUUCUUCCAGAGCCUUAAAGACAAGGUACAUAGGCACAGUUUCGAUAGACUCUACAGGCAGCAUGGAUUGGAAUGUCCAUCCCAAAGCAACAAAGAAGAGAAUCAGUGAUGCAAGCAGUCGGUCUUCCAUCUUGUCCUUAAGAACCGUCAGCUACCCACUCUUGACCAAAGACAGCCAUUCUUCAUCCAGUGAGGAUGAAUAUUUUCCUUCUCGAACAUGGAAACCCCCACUUGAAGAACCAAAAGCCAGAGAGUUCAAAACAACACUGGACACCACACUUCCCAUGGUAGCUUUGAUAGGACAGAAGAGUGCCCGCUCGAAAUACGGCUUCAAGUACAUGAGUUAUGUUCCCAUUAGCACGGAUCUGCAUCUGCGACGGUACUAUUACGGUAGUUAACGUGUUAAUGAAAGGAGACAAAGAAAUCUUGGUUUGCACAAGUUCUUUAAAUACACUGUGUUGCAGACUGUCUUAGUCUGCAGAACUUUUGUGGCUUGCAACUCUUAAUUGUAAGGUGGUUUUUGGUGUCUACUUACUUAUCCUGAAAGAAUGCCACAAAGAAGGGCCAUGGAAGGCAGCAGAAAGGAACAGCACAUUAUUUUACCACAAAUAAGCUUUCAAGUAGAAUGUGCUCAUUGCUGAAUACUGAUUUUAACAGAGGAAUCUCUUACAAGCAAACGGGAAAUAAGUAAAUAAUUUGGUAUUUUGACCUAACUAGCUAUGUAUUUAAAUGUGGAAUUACCCCACAGUGCAAUCCUAUGCAGAGUUACACUCUAAUGGACUUAGAAGGGUGUAACUCUGCUUGGGAUUGUACUGCCAGUCAUAUAAAAAGGAGGUGAAGAGGCUUCAGGGUUUUUUGGUUCAACAUAAGAAACCACUGAAGAUUUGGACUGAACAUUUUCUGUUUCAUACUUGGUUCUUUGUAGUGUUCUUAUUGCAGACUGUACAGGGGGUAAGCUCCCUACAACGGAUGUCUUUGAUGAAGCCUGGAAAAUAAAUUAUAUUGUUUAUAUCAAUCUAAAA